AUGGACCUGAGGAAACCCAGCACGCAAGGGCAAUUUGGUCUUGUUACGGAACAGAAGAGAUAUGGUUCCCGGGCUCCAGCGACGAGAGGUAGGAAGAGAUCUUUCAUUUCUGCCAGCGGUUCUGAAGAUGCUGAAGCCGGUAGUCCCCCACCGCUUGGCGGCGACAAACAUCAGCAGGAGGUCCUUGCGCAGAUCGCCAUGCUUCAGGCGCAGAAGGUGCGCAUCACGGACUUCUUGGACGAGCGCUCUGCGUACCUGACCAAGUUCGCCAAGGACGCCGACUCCGAGUUCGACCUGAUUGGACAGAACGCUAUGAAAGAACUUGAUGCGGUUGGCGACCAGAUAUUGGAGAGGCUCGACAGCAAGAUGCAAGCCUUCGAGGAGACGGCUGAGGCACAGAGGCAAGAGAUAGAAAUGAACGAUAAGGUGUUAGAGGACUUUGAAGACUGGAUUGAAAAGGAGAAAAACGAAGGAAUGUUCUUCCAGAGCCUUGGCAAGGUCAAGCCUCGGAACAAGAAGGAAAUAAAGGUGCAAGCCAAGGUGGAAGCACAGAAGGUCAAAGAGAUUGCAAAAGAGAGUGCAGGAUCAAAAACUCGUAUGAACAUUUACCUGGGCCUGAUGGGAAUACUCGGGAUUACAAUUGCCAAUGCCAUCUUUGCAACACCAGAGGUGGAAUGGAGGAAGGUGGCUGCUCUGGGUCUAAUUUUCAUUGGCCUGGUUGCUCAGGUCAUCUACGAGCAGGAUAUCUCACCGCCGAAAGCUGCGAAGAAAAAAGAAGAAUAA